GCAAACGAUUUGAAGACGUGUUCCGACUCUAAUGUCGGAUCAAAUACGACCGCAAGAAGUGACUCAACGAUCGCUAAACAAUGCGUUAAUAAUAACAAUAACGUUAAGCACAUGAACUACUUUAUGACCGCAACCGAUGGCAACACAAGUCACACCACUUUCAGGGAUAAUAAUCGCGAGCACAGCGACCACUACCGCCGAAGACCACACUAUCGCUCACAUGAUUACUAUUACCACAACUCCAAUAGAUAUUCUGAUCGCAACCGAAGGCCAGAAAGUGUUCACAAAACAGAUAAUCGGUAUUCAAACGAUUACAGCAGAGAUUAUCGCAAUGAAAGACCUAAUCGUAUGGAUAAGGCAUACGAUGAAAGGAAACCGGAGAAGACUGAACACAGGAGUGAAUCCAAGACAGAACUCAAGACAGAUCUCAAGACAGCUCUCAAGACUGAAGCCAAGAGUAGUCUGAACUCAAAUGAAAGAACACAUAAUCAUUCAAAAACUUAUUACAAUUCAAGUCAUUAUAAAUCAUAUGAUCGGAACUCCGAUAGAAGAGUCCGAAGACCAGACGUAAGAUUGAGUGCCAAAAGUGGGAGCGAAUGUUCCUAUGACUAUCACAGAAGACGUGGUAAUGAGAGACACAAUGGUUCUGAUGAGCCAGAAGUGGAUAAAAGGGAAUCAGUUAGAAGUGAUCCAAACUGUGAUAACAACUCCAAAGGCAAUACCUCUUGUGAUUCUAUUGUGAGCGAAAAUUCUUCAGUCGACGAGUAUUUGCAGCAAAAAUUAGAUGAAAUAACAGCUCUUAAGAGUAUUUUCGAUGAAAACAUUCUAACAAUUGAUGAAAAAGAAAUGAAAGGAAGGUUUUUGGCGGAACCCGUUCUCAACGCCAACGGAAUGACAGUCUUCUACGAGAUAUAUAACGCCAGAACUGAUCACAAAAGUGAGAGCAAUACUGAAGAGUUUUUGGUUCAACACUUGCCUCCCAUUGAGUUGUAUUUUGAAUUACCAAAAGAGUAUCCUUUGAAAUCAAAUCCAAAGUUUUUGAUUUCUUGCAAAUGGAUGGAUAUCAUGAAAUUAGAAAUUAUUUGCUAUAAAUUGGAGAGUUUGUGGAAAGAGUCGAAAAUGGAAAUCCUUUUUACGUGGUUUUCAUUCUUACAAAACGAUGUCAUGGAUUACUUGAAGACCACUCGACUGGACAUCACUUUGCUUAGUAAUGUUAAACCCUUAAUGAUCACUAAAAGUGAAUCCAAAGCGUUGACCACAACUCUGUCCAAAGCAGUGGUUUCUAACAGAGAGAGACGAACGGUUGUCUUUAAACCCAGUCUAGACAAAGGCAACCGAACCCAUGAUAGAAGGGCUGUCUGUGAUCUAAUGGGUAGACAAUUGAUCACAUAUUUAAUUGAUUACAACGAACACAAACGUAAAGAGACAUUCAAUAAGAGUUACAUUACGUGUAAUAUCUGCUUUUCGCCACAUUUGGGCGAAGAUUGUGUUGUCUUUCCCUGUCUUCACAUAAACUGCAAGAAUUGUAUCGCAAACUAUUUCACGACUCUUAUCAAUGAGGGAACAGUGAAUCAAUUGAAAUGCCCGGAAACCGAGUGCCAGACAUCAGCGCCGCCUAAUGUGAUCCGCGAUCUCGUCUCCGAAGAGUUAUUCAAGAAAUACGACAAAAUAAUGUUAGAGACAUUGAUUGGGACGAUGUCUGACGUGUAUUACUGUCCCCGAAAGACGUGCGGCACUGUUGUGAUCGGCGACCCGGACUCGUCGUUAGCCCACUGUUCGGCCUGCGGUUACGCCUUCUGCAAGAACUGUAACUUCACAUAUCAUGGCUUCGAUCCGUGCAGUAAUAAAGAAAAAAUGGACUCGAUUCACGGCAAACAGCAUUUGAUGUCCAAACCGAUGGCCAACGGAUCCAAUGGGUCGCUAUCGUCGCCGUCGACGGGAACGGGCGGUCAGUCCUCAUCGGUGCCGGCGUUUGUGCUCCGACUGCCAGACCAUCAGAAAGAGUUGCAUCGAUUCAUUUCGGAACUCUUUGACAGUCAGACCCAUACGGAUGUGACCAUAGCUCUCGAUGACGGCCAGUAUAUCAAAGCGCAUAAACUAAUACUCUCUGCCUUCUCGUCAUACUUCCGGCAAGUGUUGGCCCGAAUCCCAAACCCGAGUCAGUAUCCGGUGAUUGUCGUGAAGGACAUGCACUACGAAGACGUCCGCUCUUUGAUUGAGUUUAUAUACAGGGGUUGUAUUACUGUUGCCAACCAUCGGCUCUCGCAGGUCCUCAAGUGUGCCAAACAGUUGAAGAUUAGAGGACUCUAUGAAACAAAUGAGGAAAAUAGUGAUGAAAAUAAUUUCGAUAAUUCAUUCACAAAUUGUAGGAAUAUUUCACAAACUGUUGAAACAAUUUCGUCAACGAAAGCGAAAGAGUUUCAAAGUUAUGAGAAAAAACUUGAGCCAAAGGAAGUGAUAGUUUUGGAUCGGAAUAAGAAUCUAAACGAAAACAAUGUGAGCCGAGAAUUUGCCAACAAUUGGCUCAAUAAGAACUCUGUUUGGAUACCAAGUCCUCCCAAAUUCCCGAUUUCUCCUUUGAAUCAAAUACAACAGCGAAAUGCACUCGACUUAACCAAACCAUUGGACAUGAAUAGAGCACAGAAUGGCUUAUCCGACAAUUGCCAUCCAAUUAGUUCAAUACCCGUUUCCAACGGUUAUCCGCACUUUGGUUCCCAUCCGAGUCUAUUUCGAUCCAUUUCUGUAGACGAGUGUCAACUCAAUAAGAAUAAGCAUUUAAUGAAUGGCUUUCACGACCACGAGAAGAGAGCGCCCUCUUCUCUCGACGGACACUUAGACGACAAUAACAACGAUAUGGACACCGAUUAUCGCAAAGAGAAGAAACGAUCGUUGAAUAUAUUCCAUGCGGCGAAGUAUAGGAACCGUAAGAAACAACAGUUGGAGACACUCUUCUCCGAAGAGAACGAACUCCAGAAGAAUAACUGUUUGGCGAAAAUACAGAUCGAGAAACUGGAGGCCACUAUACUUAGCCUCAUAUGGCAACAGACGAAACGCUCGUUCAGCGGCCAAACGGUGUUCACGUGUCCGGUGUGUGGGAACGUCCAGAACGAUGUGCCGAAGCUUAGGAGUCAUAUCAAUAUGUUGCACAACGACACCGAAGCACUCAUGAAGUUCUUGAUGCUCCAGAGGUCGCCUACCUUUACAAACAGUGUCAACAAUACCAAUAACAACAGCACAAACUCCCACAACAGCACAGCCAUGCAUACCAUUACAGCCGCGGCCACCGGCGCCCACAAUGGGCGACACCCGACCCCCUCUGUCAUUACAUUACCAUAUCAUCUCAAUACUAGCCAAUGAUUCGUUCAGUUUUCCUAAACGGGAUUUUAAUGUCAUAUCAAAAUAUAAUUACUGGAGAUUUAUAUAAUUACUAUUGAAAUUAAGUACAAUUUUUAACUAAGC